CCCAAAACACAAGACUUCACUUUACAAUCGGAGUGUUAAUAGUGUUUACACAAAAACUUCAAACACAUCGAGUGUCUUAUGAAUGUUGUCGUAAUAAACGAUUAUAUUUAAAACGUUUGCUCAAAACCUAUGGCCAGACGCGUCCGCAACGGGUGUUGCACUGCUUUGCAUUUGAAUGAAGACAACUCCCGAUUCCUAUUGUUAGCACUUGUGCUCAUAGUAUACAUGAUUUUGGGCGCAAUUCUCUUCCAUAUACUUGAAAGAGACGCCGAACUGAAGGCUCGACAGAAGUAUUGGAAAAUAUACGACAAAUUUCGGCUCAAAUACCGUAAUAUUAUUAACGAAACUGAUUUGAAUGAACUUCUCUAUGAAUACGGAAACGCGACUCAAAGUGGUGUUAUGGGACCGACACAGCGGUGGGACAUAUCGGGAUCAUUUUACUUCGUGGCCACAGUUGUUUCUACUAUAGUGAAUCUCAUAGAAGUGUAA